AUGUACAUAUCACCAUCGCCACGGCCUGUCGUUAUAAUAUAUGGAAUCUUUAAGCACAGCUGUGGGAAGUUGGACGCAUCGCCCAGGCGCAUACACACACGCACACACGCACACACACACACACACACAUCCACAAUGGCGAGCGUCACGUCGCGACGGCUGGCCAUGGCCAUGGGGCACCCGCUUCGCGCGCUCCGCGCGCUCCGCGCCGGUGCCCACCGGUUCCAAUCGUCCGCACCGUCCAUCACCGCUGCUCUGCUCCAGAAGAACCUCGCCCAGCGCAACCAUUCCCUGUACAACGACGGCACCGACACCCUGCGGUGCACGAUGCUGGACGGCCAGGGCAACGUGGGGGCGCCCUCGCUGGAGAUCAAGCGCGAAGAGCUCAUCGCCCACCAUGGACUGCUGCCUCGCGACCUGCGCAAGAUCGAGAAGUCGCGCAAGAAGGACCUGGUGCCGAUCUUGCUGGUGCGCGAGAACAGCAUCUUCCUCAGUCUGCUCACGAUCCGCGCGCUGGUCAAGAGCGACAAAGUGAUCCUGUUCGACUCCGUGGGGCUCUCGCUGGAGUCCCGGGCGCAUCGCACCUUCGUGGACGACCUGGCGCUGCGGCUGCGCAACCAAGGCGGCGUCGGGAUGUCGCAGGACCCGCUCCCGUACGAGUUCCGCGCUCUGGAGUCCAUCUUCGUCUCCGCGCUGUCGAACCUGGUGGCCGAGAUGCGCGUGCAUCUCACGCUCACCCGCGGCAUCCUCCAGGACCUCGAGUACAGCGUCACCAGGGACAAACUGCGGUUUCUGCUGGUGCAGAACAAAAAACUGUCCCAGUUCUACAAAAAGGCCUCGCUCAUGGGCGAGAUGAUCGACGAUCUCCUGGACCAGGACGACGUGCUUUGCGACAUGCACCUGUCCAGCAAACUCGCGGGCCGGCCCCGCAACGGCAGCGACCACGCCGAGAUCGAGAUGCUGCUGGAGACCUACUACGCCCACGUCGACGAAGUGGUGCAAACCGUCGGGAACACCAUCUCGGACGUGCGCACCACGGAGGAAAUCAUCAACAUCAUCCUGGACUCCAACCGCAACCAGCUGAUGCUGCUCGGGCUGCGCUUCAGCAUAGGCCUGCUGUCGCUGGGCGGCGCGCUGUACAUGGCGUCGCUCUACGGGAUGAACCUCGAAAACUACAUAGAGGAGGGCGACUCGGGCUUCUUCCUGGUGACGUCCGUGUGUGUCCUGUCCAUGUCCGCGAUUUUUCUCUACAGCAUCCGCCAGCUGCACCGGCUCCAGAAGGUGACGCUCUCGGAGGGCAGGAAGUAG